UGCCACCCUCGACGACCGCUUAUCGGCUUCGCUCCUUUUCCUUCUUGCAUGUAUUCUACUUGUUUGCUUCAUAUGACCAGUCCACUUCGUUGACUCCGCGCUUCGUUUAUCGUCUCGCCAUUGUUCCCGAUCGCGUGUCUUGAGUCCGCUCGGAUCGCUGUCGUGGCUUGAUUUACACCGAUCGACGUACCUGGAACCAAACUUUCUCGUCAAUCCUUCAUUUACGGCCUUUUCUUAUCCGUUCAUGUGGACUACUGCUUGUAUCAACUACACUACGUUUUAAUCUCUUUGCAAUUGAUCCAACUGUGACGAUAACAGCCCUACACCAUGAAGAUUCAUUCUUCGUCGCUUCUCCUCUUCCUCCUUCCUGCGCUUUCGGUCGCGCUCACGGAUCCGAGCUCGGCCAACAACGGUGCAAAGGACGCUCUUCUCGCGGAGCGGGAAGCUUCGACUCCAAAUGCCGUCGAAAUAGAUGCCGCCGCCGCACCCAAGCCCGCCAAAGGGACGCUGGACGCCCCGAUCGACGGCAAGGAUGGUCGGCCACAUGCGGGUCCCUGGGUGGAAACAAGUGCAGAGCGGGAUCGCAAGAAGACGGGCUCUACCACCUUGUCGGAGGAGAAGGCAAAGAUUGAUCCUAAAGCGGAACAAUUGGGUCCUGAUGGCAACCCAAUUCCUUACUCGAACGACGGCGUGAUGGAUGAUCCUCAUCGGACGGGCCCCAAGGAGGGUACUCGUGGGACAGAAGGUGGGGUGUCUGAGAAGUUGAGGGAACCAUACAACAAUGAAAAGACGCCGGGCAGUCCGAAGGAGGCUCCUCCAUUGCCGCACAGUGAGCAGCAAAAGCUGCCAGUGGCGGGUCAGGAUGCUGAUGUCAAGGACACCAAGGGAUCGAGCACCGACUCGACCCUCGGAAAAUUGGAGAAACCCGCAGAUUUGCCAGAAAAGCCCCACGACAUCCCACCUCCCAAGUCCCCGGCCACAGUCAAAGAUAGCCCUCUCGGUCUCGAUAAGCAUGGCUCCGCGGGCAACAAGCCUGGCGAGCCGCUGGAGGAGGGAACUGCAUUCCAUUCGUUGUUGUUUUCCUUUACCAUGAUCAUCGUAUCUGAGAUUGGUGACAAGACUUUCCUGGUUGCCGCGCUCAUGGCUAUGCGUCAUCCGCGUUUGCUUGUCUUCUCCGCCGCUUUCAGCGCCCUCAUCUUCAUGACUGUUCUCUCGGCUGUCCUAGGGCACGCGGUACCUACUCUGAUCCCCAAGUCUCUGACAAAAUUGUUGGCUGCCGUUCUGUUCUUCGUGUUCGGUUUGAAGAUGCUCAAGGAGGGUCGCGAAAUGUCGCCCGACGAGGGUGUUGGAGAGGAGAUGAAGGAGGUCGAAAUGGAACUGGAAGAAAAGGAGCAAGAGCAGCUGCGUAUGAACCGUCGCCGUUCGUCCGUGACUCCUCACUCGUUGGAAGCUGGCCGCGUCGGUCGUCGCAAGUCUCGCUCCUCCGGCAACCGUCUUCCCUCACCUCCCGAGAGUGUUUCAUCGUCGUCCUCUCGUGCUUCCUCUCCCUCUGGCAACCGCUGGAAUGAUGUUCUUGUCGGAAUGAACAACCUUUUCUCGCUUCUUCUCAGUCCCGCCUGGGUUCAGACUUUCGUUAUGACCUUCCUGGGCGAGUGGGGUGACCGCAGUCAGAUUGCAACCAUUGCUAUGGCUGCCGGUCAAGAUUACUGGUGGGUGACCAUCGGUGCUAUCUCCGGACACGGACUUUGCACUGCGGCCGCCGUUAUUGGCGGCAGUGCUAUUGCUGGCAAGGUCAGCAUGCGCGUCGUAACGCUGGGCGGUGCCACGGCAUUCUUGGUAUUUGGUGUCAUCUACUUGUUUGAAGCUGUCUAUUAG